UCAAUACUGCAUGCAGCUGUAGGGAGCUGCCUGUGUUCUCUGCUGCAAACCCAGGACUUGUAAUUCUCUCUACCUUCAGCUAGCCCACUUCCAAAAAUACAUCCUCACCACCCAUCGUCAUUACAGAUUUAUCCACUGUCAAUGGAAUACAAUGCAAUGAUUUUGCAGCCCUGGUGAUACCAGGUUCUCCAUGCUUUUAAUGGACCAAAGAAAGCUGUAACUUUGACAUAUCAUUCUGUCUUCUGAGGCAGAACAUUUCCAAGAUGAACAGAAGGGAAAUGCCAUCCAUGAAGAUAUCCAUUGCGCUUGACUUAUGUGCCAAGCUCUUAUAGUAACUACCCAACAGAAAAUGGCUUAGGAUUCCAUAUGAGCUCUUUAUAUGUGGGGCCACUGUUUUAUAUAUUACAUUUUUUUGCAUUUGACUCAUAAUGGGGGGCUGCUUCUCCAAACCUAAACCAGUAGAAGUAAAAGUUGAAGUUGUUCUACCUGAAAAAGAAAGGGAAAAAGAAGAAAUGUCUCCCAAUGGGAAAGCAAGUCCACUUGCUUACAAAGCCAAUGGGACAGCUAGACACUACCAUCACGAGGAAAGACCUAUUGUUCUAAAUCCAUACACAAAUCCCAAAGAUAUGGUGGAAGCCUCUGUAUGCCAUGUAAAAGAUCUGGAGAAUGGACAGAUGCGGGAGGUUGACCUGGGUUGUGGUAAAGCUUUGCUAAUCAAGCAAAAUGGAGAAUACUAUGCAAUGGGACACAAGUGCCCACAUUAUGGAGCGCCUCUAGUGAAAGGUGUACUCUCUAGGGGCAGAGUGCGCUGCCCAUGGCAUGGAGCAUGCUUUAAUAUUGCAACCGGUGAUAUUGAAGAUUUCCCAGGACUAGACGGUUUGCCAAAAUUCCAGGUUAAAAUAGAAAAGGAAAGAGUUUACAUUCGUGCAAGCAAACAGGCUCUACAAUCACAAAGAAGGACCAAAGUUAUGGCGAAGUGUAUAGCACUCAGCAACUAUAGCACAGCGAUUACUAAUAUACUCAUUAUUGGAGCAGGUCCCGCUGGUUUAGUGUGUGCAGAAACACUGAGACAAGAGGGCUUUUCCGACAGGAUUGUAAUGUGUACUUCUGAAAAGUAUCUACCAUACGAUCGGUCAAAAUUAAGCAAAUCAAUGGAUUCUCAAGCAGAACAGAUUUUUCUUAGAUCCAAAGAAUUCUUCCAUACAUACGAUAUUGAAGUUCUGACUGAAACACAGGUUGUCAAUGUUGACACAAAGAACAAGACGGUUGUUUUCAAGGAUGGAUUUAGAAUGGAAUACAACAAGCUGCUCAUUGCCACUGGGAAUACCCCCAAGACUCUUACCUGCAAAGGAAAAGAACUGGAUAAUGUGUUCACGAUACGAACACCAGAGGAUGCAAACAGGGUUGUAAAACUGGCAACGGGCAGGAAUGCAGUGAUUGUGGGUGCAUCUUUCUUAGGAAUGGAAGUGGCUGCCUAUCUAUGUGAAAAAGCUCACUCGGUCUCUGUGGUAGAAUUGGAGAACAUUCCCUUUAAGAAAUUUUUAGGGGAUAAGGUUGGACUUGCAAUCAUGAAGAUGUUUGAAAGCAACAAAGUGAAGUUUUACAUGCAGACAGAAGUUUCUGAAUUAAGGGAACAAGAAGGAAAGCUAAAAGAAGUGGUGUUGAAGAGUGGAAAGGUUCUGCGAGCUGAUGUUUGUGUUAUUGGAAUAGGAGCAAGUCCAACUACAGGUUUUCUAAAGCAGAGCGGUGUAACCUUUGAUUCCAAAGGAUACAUUUUGGUUAACAAGAUGAUGCAGACCAAUGUUCCUGGUGUCUUUGCUGCAGGAGAUGUUGUAACUUUUCCACUAGCGUUUCGGAAUAACAAAAAAGUAAAUGUUCCUCACUGGCAGAUGGCGCAUAUGCAAGGUCGUAUAGCAGCACUGAACAUGUUAGCUCAAGGCACAGAAAUCAAUACAAUUCCUUAUCUGUGGACUGCAAUGUUUGGGAAGAGCUUACGAUAUGCAGGUAAUGGGGAAGGAUUUGAUGAUGUCAUCAUUCAAGGUGAUAUUGAAGAAUUAAAAUUUGUGGCAUUCUAUACCAGGAAUGAUGAAGUCAUUGCAGUUGCCAGUAUGAAUUAUGACCCUAUAGUGUCCAAAGUAGCAGAAGUCAUGGCAUCGGGAAAAUCUAUACGCAAGCGAGAUGUUGAGAUGUUUGUUCGUCACUGCAAAACUGGUGAUAUUUCCUGGCUAACAGGGAAAGGCUCGUAAUCAAGGAUGGAACUAUAUCUGUGAGAAUAUGCAUGUGGAAUGGUGUUGCUUAACAUAUUAACACACUAGGAAUGCUUCUGGACACAUCUCAAUAAAAGUAUAUACUGAGGCCAUUCUAUUCUACAUCCAGUCAAGGAAUACAAAUGAUACUGCGAAUGUAAUUCAUCUCUACUGAAUGCUGGGACAUCGAGAGUACCCAAUGGAUACGGAUGUGACCAUUUAAGUUAGAGCCUAGUACAGAAGACUUGACUUUGGUUACUUUGUGCUGAAGGUUUUCUUGUCUCUUCAUUUUUCUACAUUUCACAUCACAGGCUAAUGGAAAGUUGUGUCCAGCCACACAUCUUUGCUGAUCUAUAUUAAAUGUCAAGCGUCAAAAACAUUGUUAGACAUAAAGAGUAAAAUUGAUUUGAUAACUUUUAUUACUUUUACACAUUCAAACUUUUUAAGAUGCUGCUCAUGUUGAGAAUAAUGUACAUCAAUAACAGAAUAUCUAUGACUUUAUCCUAUUGUUCUUCCAUUAGAGUAGGUUCAAUAGAAUGACACAAGUGUGGUGACUAAGAAUGGGGAGAUGUUUUUUUUUUUUUUACCUUAGCUGAUGAUGACACAAUCUUUAAUUCUUAAAGGGGUACUCCGGUGGUUAAUUUUUUUUUCCACAUGGCAUCUUCUUUGUAAGUUUAGUUUUUUUGCCAUAUACAUGUGUUAUAUGUUUUGGCAGCAUGUGUGUGUUUUUCUUACCUGUUUGUUGGGCAGGAAGUUCUGUAGUUCAGAGGGUUUUCUUUUACUGUCGUCCACAGUUCUGAGUCUGCUGUGGACAAGACGUCAGGGCUUUUUAAUUUAUUUAUUUUUUCUCUGUCUGCAUGAGAGGAAUAAGCCACGCCCCCUCAUCUCAUCCAGCUGAGUACACAGCUCCUAACCUCCCCUCCCCCCCUCUGCUCUGUAUUCUAAGGACGCAGGUCUGCACCGGAGAAGGACCUCAUAGAGAAGAUAAGUGUUAUCUGAAGGGGAGGAUGAGAAGGUGCACGGGCUGGGGAUGUAUGGACUGCAGGGGAAUAAAUCUCAUACUGGGAAUGAUCUCUAUAUGUGAAGGGGGGGACUCCUGAAUGACACAUGCUGGGAGUUGUAGUCCCUGUUGUGUGUGUGUGUAUGCUAGUGUUUACAAACCAGUGUGCCUCCAGCUGUUGCAAAACUAUAACUCCCAGCAUGCCCUGACAGACUUUGGGCAUGCUGGGAGUUGUAGAUUUGCAGCAGCUGGAGGUACAAUGGUUGGGAAACACUGUUCUAGCCUAUUCAGCAUGCACAUCAUGUUAAACCAGUGUUUCCCAACCAGUUUGCCUCCAGCUGUUGCAAAACUACAACUCCUAGCAUGCUCAAAGGCUGUCAAGGCAUGCUGGGAGUUGUAGUUUUGCAACACCUGGAGGCACCCUGGUUGGGAAACACUGGUGUAUGCCCUACAGAGGUGUGGUGAACUACAACCCCCAGGAAACUACAGAGGCAGCAUGCUGGUGUUAUACCACAGGCUGAAGACUCCUGAAUGACACAUGCUGGGAGUUGUAGUCCCUUUUGUGUGUGUAUGCCAAUGUAUCCCAACCAAGGCUGAUUAUAUUAGUGUGCUCUGUAUAAGGGGGCUGUAGGAUGGGUAAAGGGCAGAACAAACAAACAAAAAAAAAAAAGGAGCCACCCCAAACCAGCAAGGCAUGUGGCAUGCUGGGAUUUGUAGUUUUCAGCACAGCAAGAAACAGGAAAUAGAAGCAAAGAUAGGAAAACAAAGUGGGGGAUAAAAAGACAACAAAGAACGGAAAUAGAGUAGGCCAAACAACAAGAAUAGAAAUGAAACAAAACAAAUAGGGUAAGUCAAAAACGGAAAAACACGUUGACCACCGGAGUACCCCUUUAAACACCAGUCAUAACUAGGAUUUUUUAAAGAAAAGCUUAGCAUAGAUUAUGUUCCACGCACUAGCUAUGUAUUAAAAACCCUAGCCAUGGGUUAUUGGUGCCCCCUUAACACUCAGUACCUAGGGCCUAGUUAUGCCUCUGGGACAUGCUUUUCAGUAAGAAUAAAUAGGGUCAUCUCUUUGUGCCAUACUGAAUGCUACUAUUCAUAAUAACCCCUUGAUAGAAUUCACUCUGGAUGACCAAUUUUAUUCUUAAAGUGAAUGACAAAGUAGAUUUGGCUAUAAACAAGUAUCACCAAUUUCUUAAAAAUAAUAGGUUUAUGUGCAUUACAGUUUGUGUAGUACCUGAAGAAUGAUACAUGAAGAAUACAUGUUCUUUGGUCACCCUCCAA